UCCACCUUUCAGCUAUUUCCGAGGAAUUACAUAAUUGGAGGAGCCAAGUAGUAGAAUGACCUCUCCUGUGGACCCCAAGAUCAAACAGGCGUUGCGGAAGAAACCUUCAGAGAGGACCCAAGAGGACUUAAAUACUAUCUAUUCUUUCCUUCAUGGACUGGAUAUACUCUCACAUUUCAGGGAACAUCAACUAAGAAUAAUGUCAUCAAGUGCCCGCUAUGAAAGGUACAAGGGCAAUCAAGUUCUCUUUUGCUCAGAAACUAUUGCAAGAUGCUGGUAUAUACUGCUUUCAGGAUCUGUGCUGAUGAAGGAUUCCAUGUUUUUACCACCUUGCAGUUUUGGCAAGCAGUCUGGAGGAAAAAGGGGAUGCGAAUGUAUCAUACUGGAGCCUUCAGAAAUGAUUGUGGUUGAGAACUCCAAAGACAAUGAAGAAAAUAUCUUGCAAAGAGAAGUUCCCCUCAGGCAGUCUCGGCGAAGGUUCAGGAAGAUUAACCAGCGGGGGGAACGGCAGACCAUCACCGACAAUGUGGAUUCCAGCAGUUACCUCUCGCUUCCAGCUGAUCUUACCAAGAUGCAUCUUACAGACAAUCCUCACCCUCAGGUGACUCACGUCCCUUCGAGCCAGUCUGGAUGUAGCAUUGCCAGUGACUCUGGGAGCAGCAGCCUGUCUGAUAUUUAUCAGGCUACGGAAAGUGAGAUGGGAGAUGUUGAUUUAACAGGUCUCCCAGAAGCACCUGUUGACUCUGAAGAUGAAGAAGAAGAAGAAGAUGAAGAUAUUGACAGAACUUCAGAUCCACUUCUAGGGCGAGAUGUUGUACGAGAGUGCCUUGAGAAAGAGCCUGCAGAUAAAACAGAUGAUGAUAUUGAGCAAUUAUUGGAAUUUAUGCAUCAACUCCCUGCCUUUGCAAACAUGACUAUGUCUGUAAGAAGAGAACUUUGUUCUGUGAUGAUAUUUGAAGUGGUAGAACAAGCAGGAGCCAUCAUACUGGAAGAUGGGCAAGAACUUGAUUCUUGGUAUGUUAUUUUAAAUGGCACAGUGGAAAUCAGCUACCCUGAUGGGAAAAGCGAGAGUCUCUGCAUGGGUAAUAGUUUUGGGAUUACUCCCUCUCUGGACAAACAGUACAUGAAUGGCGUGGUUAGAACGAAAGUAGAUGAUUGUCAGUUUGUGUGUAUAGCCCAGCAAGACUACUGGAGGAUUCUGAACCAUGUGGAAAAAAACACUCAUAAAGUGGAAGAAGAAGGAGAAAUUGUUAUGGUAAAGGAACACAGGGAGCUAGAUCGCAGCGGGACCCGGAAAGGGCACAUAGUUAUCAAGGCAACACCUGAGCGACUCAUCAUGCAUUUAAUAGAAGAGCAUUCUAUUGUGGAUCCAACCUACAUAGAAGAUUUCCUUUUAACGUACAGGACGUUUCUAACAAGCCCCUUGGAAGUUGGGAAUAAACUCCUGGAGUGGUUCAAAGUGGACAGCCUCAGGGAUAAGGUUACCAGAGUGGUCUUACUUUGGGUGAACAACCAUUUUAAUGACUUUGAAGGAGAUCCUGCUAUGACUCGGUUUCUGGAAGAAUUUGAAAAAAACUUAGAAAAUACGAAAAUGAAAGGACAUCUCAGAUUGCUGAAUAUUGCUUGUGCUGCCAAAGCAAAAUGGAGACAAAUUACCCUGCAAAAACCUUCUAGAGACUCGCCGCUCUUUUUCACCCUCCUUGGAGGAAGUGACAAAGGUUUUGGUAUUUUUGUAGAGACUGUAGAAACGGGCAGUAAAGCAGCAGAAGCUGGACUUAAGCGUGGUGAUCAGAUAAUGGAAGUAAAUGGACAGAAUUUUGAGAACAUUACAUUUGUAAAAGCUCUUGAAAUCUUAAGGAACAAUACACAUCUCUCCAUUACUGUAAAAACAAACAUUUUUGUGUUCAAAGAGCUGCUUUGCCGGAUAGGACAAGAGAAGAAUGGAAUUCCACAUAUUCCCAAAAUUGCGGAAAAGAAAAACAACCGUUACUCAAUCCCAGAUAUGCCUGGAGACGUGGAACAGAUGUUUCCACGUGAAAAAGGAAACAAGAAAAUCAAAGCAAACACUGUAUCUGGUGGGAGAAACAGAAUCAGGAAAAUUUUAGACAAGACAAGGUUCAGCAUCUUGCCUCCAAAACUGUUUAGUGACGGUAGCGUGAGCCAGUCGCAGGACGACAGCAUCGUUGGGACGCGGCAGUGCAGGCACAGCCUGGCAAUCAUGCCCAUUCCUGGGACGCUCUCGUCUAGCAGCCCUGACCUGCUGCAGCCUACAACGAGCAUUCUGGAUUUCUCUAAUCCCUCAGAUAUUCCGGAUCAAGUAAUACGAGUUUUCAAAGCAGAUCAACAGAGUUGUUACAUUAUUAUCAGCAAAGACACUACAGCCAAAGAAGUUGUGAGUCACGCUGUACAUGAAUUCAACCUGACGGGAGCCCCGGAGACCUACUCGCUCUGUGAAGUGUCUGUCAGUCCUGAGGGGGUCAUAAAGCAAAGGAGGCUUCCGGAUCAGUUCUCAAAACUAGCGGACAGGAUUCAACUCAAUGGACGGUAUUACCUGAAAAACAAUAUGGAGACGGAGACGCUAUGCUCAGAUGAGGAUGCUCAAGAGUUGCUGAGAGAAAGCCAAAUUUCCCUUCUACAGCUUAGCACCAUUGAGGUUGCCACGCAGCUUUCCAUGAGAGACUUUGAAUUAUUUCGUAAUAUUGAGCCUACAGAAUACAUUGAUGACCUUUAUAAGCUGGACUCCAAAACAGGAAACGCUCGCCUAAAACAGUUUGAGGAUGUCAUAAAUCAAGAGACGUUCUGGGUUGCCAUGGAAAUUUUAGCAGAGCCCAACCAGCUCAAAAGAAUGAAGAUUAUUAAGCAUUUCAUUAAAAUUGCCCUCCACUGCCGAGAAUGCAAGAACUUCAAUUCCAUGUUUGCGGUUAUAAGUGGGUUAAAUCUAGCACCAGUAGCACGUCUCAGAGGUACUUGGGAAAAGUUACCAAGCAAGUACGAAAAACACCUCAGAGACCUUCAAGAUCUUUUUGAUCCAUCUAGAAACAUGGCGAAAUACCGCAACAUCCUUAGCAGUCAGAAUCCGCUCUUUCCUGUUGUCAAGAAGGAUAUUACAUUUCUACACGAAGGAAAUGAUUCAAAAGUGGAUGGCCUGGUCAAUUUUGAGAAACUCAGAAUGAUUGCCAAAGAAAUCCGCCAAGUCGUCAGGAUGACCUCGGCGAACAUGGAUCCAGCUGUGAUGUUCAGACAAAGGAAGAAGAGGUGGAGAAGUUUGGGGUCUCUGAGCCAGGGCAGUACAAACUCAAACAUGCUCGACGUACAGGGAGGCGCUCACAAGAAACGUGCCCGACGCAGCUCACUCCUGAAUGCCAAGAAGCUGUAUGAGGAUGCCCAGAUGGCAAGGAAGGUGAAACAGUACUUGUCCAACCUCAAUGUAGAAACAGAUGAAGAAAAGAUCCAAAUACUGUCACUUCAGUGUGAGCCUGCAUAUAGCACUUUGACAAAGAAUUUAAGUGAGAGAAGAGGGGCGAAAUCCUCAGAAAUGUCUCCAGUACCUAUGAGAUCAAUUGGCCAAACCACUAAAGCCCAUCAGCAUCAACAAAACAGAAUGAGUCAAGUACUUCAGGUUCCAUCGGUGAAUUUAUACCCUAGCAGGAAAAAGGGGCUGACGAAGGAUCAUGUCACGUUUAGUACAGGCUCCCCACAGAAGUCGUUAAGUUUGUCUGAGGAAGUAAGUACUAAGAAACAAACAGAUGACACUGUGUCUAUGGCAUCUUCUUUGCACUCCAGCCCGCCUGCUUCUCCUCAGGGCUCUCCCCGCAAAGGCUAUGCCCUCAUACCUUCCGCUAAAUCUGACAACUUCUCGGAUUCCAGUCACAGCGAGAUUUCUUCCCGCUCCAGCAUAGUGAGUAACUGCUCGGUGGACUCCAUGUCUGCAGCGCUGCAGGAUGAGAGGAGUUUGCACCAGUCUCUCCUCGUCGGGGACUCGGUGGGGGCAGAAAGGAAAGAACAUCCGCAGCCGUUAGCUGAUUACACCCAGCCUUGCCCGGGCUGGUCACUCAGCAGGCCUGCUCUGAUCAGAGGGAUGGCUUUCACAUCGUCCAUGAGCAGCGAGGAGAUCUCCCACGAACACAUCACGGUCGAGGCGGCAGACAGCGGCCGGGGAAGCUGGACUUCAUGCUCAAGUAGUUCUCACGAUAACUUCCAGACUAUCCCAAACCAGAAGAGCUGGGAUCUCCUCAAUUCUUACCGUCACACCCAGCUGGACGGACCUAUAGCUGAAGUUGAUCCCACAAACUGUUACUCUGAGGAGGCUUAUUUAUAUUCUGAAGCCUUUUCCAAAAAUAACAGGCAGUCGAAAGCCAACCUGGAAGUCGAUCAGUCUCGGCAGAGCUGGGCCUCCUCGAGCUCCCUCUCAGACACGUACGAAACAAACUAUGGGACGAUUAAGCGGAGGGGGCUGGAGAACUCUACAGCGGAGCAGCCUGAGGUUUUGGACUCUAAACCAGGCACCGAUACAACUUACAAAACUGUUACUUCAAGUACAGAAAAAGGCCUGAUAGUGUACUGUGUCACCUCACCUAAGAAGGACGAUAGGUAUAGGGAGCCACCGCCCACCCCUCCGGGAUACAUGGGGAUUUCUUUAGCGGACAUAAAGGAAGGAUCGCCCCAUCACCCACACCUAAAACCUCCAGACUAUAGUGUGGCAGUGCAGAGGUCAAAGAUGCUGCACAGUGACCUCUCUAGACUUUCGUCAGCUUCUCUCGGUAGUGACCCGAUGGCCUGUAUUUCCUCGAAGAUGCCUCAGUGGCAUAGUCGGCAGCCGUCCAGCCCCAAACUAGCAGAUAUGACUGACGCAGAUAGUGAAGAGGAUGAAGAUGAGCAAGUAUCAGCAGUGUAACCAUUGGGCUAUCCGUGUAAACCACUUCAAAACCCACGGGGCAUGGGAGGAAGGACCACAUGAUUCUGUUAGCUAACGCUAACGACUUGCUGCUACUAACCUCAGACGUCGUGUUUGCCUCUGCCAUGGACAAGAUGCGACUGGCUGGAUCAUACAGCUCUGCCUUGCUUCAGUCUGCCACAGCCUAAGAGAAGUAUUUCUGCCUGCGAAAUAGGCCACCGUUUUCAAGGAGCAGACAGACUUCUUGGGUGCUGAAACCGGUAUCACGAGAUGGACUAGUCUUAAUGCUUUUGGGAGGACCAGUCGUUGAGACCACUUGAAGCUUGGAAGCUUUCUUCUGUAUGAUACCAUGUAAUCCUUUGGUAGUUUUCCAUCAUCGUUACUUUCUACAUUAUAAAUCUAAGAGUGUUAUUUUAUGAACUCAAAAAAAAAAAAAAAUUUGAAAAUGUCAGCAAAACAGAAGGGUACUGCUGCAGUAUCUAAAAGUAAUUUAUUAAUUUAAAAAUGUUUUUGAUGGGAAUUUCCUUUAUUUGCGUCGGGAGUGCUCUGGUUGGCUAAUACAUGUUUAAUCAAUGUUGAGAGUAGGUUAGCUACAUGUAAACUGUUGUGCUCUCAAAAUAACCACGGAAAACUAGGGGCCCAUGCAAAUGGGACAUUAUCAGGUGCAGAAAUACUCGGAGUUCAGGGCGUUUGGGGAGUUAAAUACUACAUGUUAAUGGAGGAAGAAGUCUUGUACAGUGUGUCCUCAGCGGGCACUGCCACCUGCUGGUCCUCUCUUCAAAGAACAAAACCAAAGCCCACAACCCAUCAAGGUGUUCUUGGAAGUGUUUUGACCGCCAGGCAACUGAGGAAAUAAAUGGUUGGCGUUUUUCUCCCACGUGAAGUGAUCUUUUGAGCGGUGGAAGCUGGAGUGCAGCGGGAGCUGCUGGGUAAGUUUGAAGCUUCCUCAGAAGAGCUUCGACCAAUUUCUGCCCCGCAGAGUUCAGCGUGCAAAGCAUGUUGCUAGAAACCAAAACUAACUUGUAUGUUUGUGGGUUUUAAGAUCAUCCCAUGCGUUCUGGCCUUUUACCAGAGUUAACCCAGGAUUUAGUGCAAAGGUUAGCUAAAAUUAAAAAAAAAAAAAGUCAUUUACCUCCUUGCACAGGAAAAUUAAUGAAAUUGAACAUUAAAUGACAUAAUGCUUACAUAUGUGUAUAAUACAGUGUAUGGUUGAGCUCAAAACCCUAUGGUGUUCAUCUGGAAAACACAGAUGGUCUCAAAGCAUUUUAGUUUUAAGUCUUAGGUUAAAAUCCUGGUGUUGCUGAUUUCAGUGAAAGUUUUGACUUAAAGACAGUAUUAACAUGCGAUGAUCUAGGGUGAUAGGGUCAAGUCAAUUGCUUAUUUGAUUUUACGUAGCCAACCAGAGUGCACAGGGGUAAAACUGGAAAUAACCUGCAUUUUCUUUCUUUCCUCUAGCACAUGAUGCCCCAUUCUAGUGUUAAAAUUGGACAUGAAUGUGUGAAUAUGUAUUUAAACAUUUAAUUGUAAAUCUUUGUUGUGAUGUUUACAGCCUAAGCUAGGAAGAUGUUUGUCAUUUUUACAGUGCCUCAAAAAUUAUUUCUACAUCUUAAGUUGUAAAGAGCUUUAGACUUUUUUUUUGGUGUGUGUGUGUGGGGUGCAAGAUGAAUGCAGCAUUUUCUCCAAAUGGCACAAGAACCAAAACCAACCCAAAGCCUUUGAUGUGCUUUCCUCCUAUCAAAUUGGGACCGACACUAACAGGUGAAUGCGUGUGACCAAGGCUGUGUUUGCAUUCGUGACUGUGCCAGGUUCAGUACUAGUACUACCUUGCAGCUGAACCUACCCUGUGUUGAUUAUUUCUCUGAAGUCAUAAAUCCGCCAAGAGCUGCAACACUGAGAAAGGGAUGCCUAAUUCAUAAUUAGUUAGUUGGCUGUGUUAAUUUUUGGCACAAGCAUCUGAGGAGUAAAUGGUUAAAAAUCGUAUUAAAAAGCAGUUGAGGUAUUUCGUAAUAAAUGCGUUUUGCUUUCUCGAGGCCUUAAUGAAUAUGAUGAACUUGCACAGGCCUUAACGAAUAAAGAUUAAUGUAAGUGUCAAAACAAUGCAGGGCAGAGCGAUUAUUUUCAGCAUAUGUAAUGUUGAUAUUCUAACUAUUAAACUGGUAUUUUGUGGGAUAUAAAUCAAAAGUUCCAGCAAUCCCACUGUAAGCUGCUGCUUAACUUCCAAGUGUGGUGCACAACAAGCUUAAUGUCUCAUCAGAAAAUCAUGUGUUUUGUGCCAGGUGAAUUGAAUCAUAACCUUUCCAUCACCUCGGAUAUUGAAUCAUAGUUUAUUUCAGCCUCUUGAACAAAAGUAUAGGGGGUGAGGGGUUGUUAUUAACGUGACUCCUUUUCUCCCAAGAGCCUGAUAGUGCUUUCCUUGAUGUUGUAAAAUCCCCGGGACCCUGGCAGUGGCUGGACCGGGAUCCCAUCCGGCAGCCCGCGAGAGCCGUGUCUGGUAAAAUUACCCAUUGAAACCUGGUGUUUGCACAUCAACAGCAUCAGCCUGUUCUGCAGUACUUUUCAGGACACUGAAAAGUUUUUAAAGCGAGUGAAAGUCUUGCUCAUCAUGUUUUCCUAAUAUCCAAUACAGCUAGUGUAAAUAAAUCAUGCAUAAACUAUUGACAAAUGAGCUACUACUUCUGCUUCUUCGGACUUGCACAGUGUGGCUUGCCUCCGCUCGUCCCUGCUGUGAUUUUUGUUGUUGUUGUUUGUUUCUUUUUAAAUCAACCGAUCACAUUGAUCGGGGCCAAUAGCCAAAUGUAGUGUGUCUGGUAUGGAUUUGAAGAGAAUUAUCUCUUUUUUCAGUAAUUAAAAGGGAAGUAAGGCUGUGGUUAGUGCUUGUUAUACGCUGCUUUGUUGAAGUGAUGUCUUCUGGAUCACGUAUUCCUUAAUUAGUACCUGCACUGGGUUCCCUCUAAUUCCUUUCCCCUUUCCUCAUCUGACUUCUGAUGAGCAAUUAAAAUACCUAAUGUCAUGCUCUUCCACUGCCGUACCUUAAUUCGCUUGUUUUUCUACUGUUUGUUUGCUCAUGACUUGUGGGUGAAAGAUUUGUUUCAUCUAUUUGUGAUUUAUACAUAGAGUAUUUCAUUGUGCUACUUAAAUCUUAAUCUUCCAAGUAAUUCACAAAGCAGCACUGCAGUUUUGUAAACGUAAUUGCCUUCUCCAGUUACAGAAAAGGGAAAACGAGAUAAUUGAGCCUCUGAGUACUGGUUUCAUCUCCCACAUGUACAAUAUAAUGAAAGGGAAAUUUCUGCAGAUAUUUGCAGUACGCUGUCUUUGAAACGCGUACGCGUAAGAAGGGAUGGAUGCCUGCUAACGAUAGGCAACGUGAUGCUUGCUUCGGCUCAUUUGUUUUGUCUUCGUUUGCCUGAGUAAGUACCGCGCUGGUCAGCGGUGCUUAGUUGGGAGAGCAAAGGUGAGGUUCGCGGCUCAAGCCGGGCUGCGUGACCGGGGGGGAGCGGGGAGGAGCGGGGGGCACCCCGGCUCCCCCAGGGGCUGGGGCUCCCCGGGCAGCGCUGGCGGAAAGGCUCAGCGCGGCGCGGGUUGUGUUGCAAAACUUCUCUUUCCUCAUCUGUCAAGUCGCUCGAUUGCAGGCAACAGGGGAAGUGCAAAGCUGCCGUUUAGGUUCUUACAAAACGUUAGAAUUAGUUUUUGUUUGUCUGUUUUAAGCUACACUUACUACAGCCUUCCCCAAAAACAGAAGAAAAAAGGGAUACUCUCUCUUUAGAAGAGCUUUACACAUUAUAUUUUAGAGCGCUUGUAUAGAGGGUAAUCUCCCUGGGAUUCCCAGUUCAGCUUUUGCCUAUGUUGUGCUUCUUAUUGUUUUAUCUUUAUUUUUGAUAUACCUGGAAUGCAGUUUAGCUUGGUAUUAAUUAAAUUCUAAAUGUGUGAGCAUAUUGGCAAAACUGCACAGAUGUAAUGAUAUUCCAAUAGCAAUUGUACUGCACAAGUCAGUGAUUGUAAAGUAUUCUGUAACAAGCAAUGUUUGUCUCCUAUUUUUUGAUACCUCUUACACUUAUGUCUUUUAGAAAGACAGUGCCUCUGUAUGCUUUUUGUAUUUUUACUGAGUGAUUGUAAAUAUUUGUUAUAUUUUUGGUUAAGAGAAUGUUUAAAAGUACUGUUUAUUAUCCGAUCUAUUAAUAUGUUGGAAUCAAUAAACGAUCGACA